CGGGUUGCAUCUGCGGUGGAAUUUGUUGUCCGCUUGGAAAACGGUUCGCUUGAAACGGUGUCGGUAUUGGGCAAACAGAAGUUCGUUAGUUUCGCUUGCCUUCAUAUGCCGCCGGCGGCCGAGUGCGUGAGGGAGAAGUGACAAAAUAAAAGGUUGGAUUCGAUUGUUGAACCGAUUGCGUGAAAUUGUUUCGACUACUCGGCGAUAAUUAUUUGUCGCACUGAGCACUGGCACGUAUGGUUUUCGGUGUUUGGAUUAUUUUCAACGCAUCUGCAAAACGAUGGUGAACUGGGCAUCAAGCAGCACAACCGUCAUCACCACGGUGACCAAACCGACUCCGAAUGAAACAUCUAAACCGGAUACGAUUACAACGAUUACCACAAAAUACCCCACGUUUCGAAACAGUUCCCUCAAAACGGUGUACCUCUGGCUGGCAGGAAAACGCCGAGAUGAUGGCGCCGAAGGUUUGUGGCGAAUCCACGAUUCGUUAUACGAUUUGACAGAAUUCGUUGAGCGCCAUCCCGGCGGUGCCGAUUGGAUUAGACUGACAAAGGGUACCGACAUAACGGAAGCAUUCGAAACUCAGCACAUUCGAAACAAGGCUGAACUGUUGCUUCCCACGUUCAAAGUUCGUGCUGCUCAGAGCCCACGAAAUGUUCGACUGACGUUCCAUGAGCAAGGAUUUUAUAAAACUCUGAAACGACGGGUCAGUGAAAAACUGACUGAGCUUGACCAUCGACCGGCGAAGAUCUCGGAAUUGAUUCAGGAUUCCUUGCUGGUCGCAUCCUUUACGUUGGCAUUUGCGGCAGUUAAAUUGAAUAGCUUUUUGCUGGCGGCAGUCUGUGGGCUGUUCCUUGCGUGGACAUUAAUUUGCGCACACAAUUUCUUCCAUCGAAAGGACAAUUGGAGGAUGCUGAUUUUUAAUGUGUCCUUUUUCAGUUACAGGGAAUGGCGAAUAUCUCACGUGAUUUCACAUCAUUUGUUCCCGAAUUCCAUGCUGGAUCUGGAAAUUUCUUUCUUCGAACCAUUCCUGUGCUGGCUUCCACGUUCUCCGAGAAAAAAUCUCGUCCAACGAUUCGGAUCUUGGAUUUAUGUACCGUUCGUAUAUACUGUUAUGUUUUUCAAUGAACUCGUGAAACGCGUGAUCGAAACAUUUUACACCAGGAAAAAUAUGUUCCAUCUGGAUGACUUGAUAACUUUGAUAUUGCCCACUUUCAUGUACGUCACGGGGUCGAGCAAUUUGAAAACAGUACUGACCAUGUGGAUGUUUAUCGUUCUGGUGGCAAGCUUCGUCUUUGGAUUCAUUGGUCUAAAUGCGGCUCAUCAUCAUCCGGAGAUAGUCCACUCGGGCGAUUUGAUCCCCACGGACAUUGAUUUUGGAAUCUACCAAAUUGCGACGGUCAUCGAUCGGUCUGACAUUAAAGGUUCGCAGUUUCAGGUGCUAACCAGCUUCGGGCACCAUUGUUUGCAUCAUCUGUUUCCGACAAUGGAUCACGGAUUAUUAUCCCAGUUGUAUCCGGUAUUUUUCGAGACUUGCGCAGAAUUCCAGUUAGAGUAUCGAGAGUGCCCGUGGUGGCGGAUGAUCAUUGGUCAGUAUCAACAGUUGGCUCGAAUCGAUCCGAUUACCUACGUACCGUCGAAGAAGUUCCUCUGAAGAGGAGGAUGUCUUCCCGUAAUCCGGAUGAAACCCUGAUAUGUCUGUUCGGAGCGGUACGAUAUUGAAGUAAAAUAGGCUGUGGCAUUAUAUUGUUAGGACUUACGCGUAGAAUUUGUUUUUAAUUUCUUAAUAUUAUCCAAUACUUUAUGUCGUUAAAAUGUGUAAGCUCUGCCAAAUAUGUUUAGUGCAGUGUCAAUAAUUUAUAUUUUAUAAAAUCCUGUUUUAAACUGUUAGCAAUUCCGAACAAUUUUAUUGAAGUUUCUCUUUCAGGCUCUCUCAGUCUCGGCAAGCAAAAAUUAGUCAUUUAGCCGAAUUUUCAUGACCCAAGAGUUUUGAGAAAUACAUUUUGUGUUAAAAAGAA